UACAUGAUACUCUAGUUACGGAAGUCAUCCAUUUUGUUGAUGUACAAGGUUUAUGUACAAGGUACAAAAUCUGUUUUGCUUGACAAUAAUCAGUCACGUGUAAAAUAAAACCGCUACAUUUGUUUAUCUAAAGCAAUGGAAGUCUUUCAGAAAGCAAAUAAUUACGACGAAGAUGAUACAAUCAUUGAAUUGAAUGUUGGAGGCAAGAUAUUCAGCACACUCAAAUGUACACUUGCGAGGGAAAAGGAUAGUCUCCUAGCCAAAAUGAUCAAUGGAAAAAGUACAACAAAAUUGGACAACUCUGGCAGAUAUUUUUUUGAUUGCAAUCCAGACAUCUUCUGCCAUAUUCUUGAAUACCUAAGAUUUGGAAAAUAUCCUCCUCCUGAAAAAGCCAUUGAUGUAUAUAAUUACGCAAGGAUGUUUCGUCUUGGGGAAUUUAUGGCUUCUUUGGAACAAUUCAAAGAUGUGCAAUAUAAACUACAAGCUGACCAUUCUAAGAGUUCCUUAGACAAUAAAAAGUACAAACAGUUGUUACAAGACAUUAUAGGAAGACUUUCAAUCUUCAAUGAAUCUAUAUAUCCAAGAAGAUAUAUUUGUAUAGUAACCGUGAACAACAUCGCUGAGAAUUUUUCAGAAUGUUAUUUUCCCGAAAUAGAUAUUAUAUACAGAAAAGGGGUCCCAGUAAAAGUCAAUCCUAGUAAACCUCCUAUAAAAACAGAAUUACAGAACACAGAUGUGAAUUUGAUUCGAGCUUUAGCAUCGGACUUGAAAUCGCUCGGAUACGGCAGGUUUUUUAAGUACAACAAACAUGUAAUAUCGAAUUGUUGUUCUGUUUGUAGAGGAAACCACCUAGGAAUUAUUCUAAAUAGUAAGAAUACAGAAAAAUAUUUCGAACAUGCACAUCCUUCGUUCUGGAUAUCCAUUUAAAAAUGGAGCAGAAGAUUUCAGGAAUCACUGCUUGAGAAAUAUUCGUACUAGAUUAUGUCUAAAACUAAUUUGAACUUAGUUAAAGAUGUUCUCAUCUUUUGUUAAAAUGAUUUUGAUUACAGUAAUUAAUUGAAGUCUGAAUAAGUCUAAUUUAAAAAACAGACUGAACAAAGUAUGUUUUCGAGGAGCAUUCCCGACUACUGGUCAAGUGAAAUGGGUCCAUCCUAAAAAAACUGCAAGUUUUUAAAUGACACUAUGUAUUUAUACCGUCUUUUCCUAUAGUGUAUAGAGUUUAAAAUGUUACAUUACAGCCCUGUGUGGACUAAAAUGAGUUUUUUUUAUUGAACGAAGCUUUGUAGCAAUUAUCUGUAUUUCAAAAUAUCAAUUUUGAGCAUGAUAUAUCAUUAAUGAAUGGAUAUUCUGUAUUAUCAGAUGCACAAAAAUAAAUAAACUCUAAACAUGU